CGACUGAACACGAGGCCUUGUCUUGCUGGGCAGUAUUCCCACGACUUACCUGAUAGGUUGGGGCAGGCCCAAGGGUCACAGGGCAGGGACAUUAUGACAGGCCAAGGCUUCUUGGAGUGGUAGUGCUUCUACCUGCUCACCUACAGAUACAGAUAUCUUAUAUAUGUAGACAGAUCUAAACCAGAUGAUUACAAAAUUCAUGUGCCCAAAUUUUGCCACCAGCCCAAUAUUCCUCUGCUUUUUAAAAUCCUUUCUUUAAUUGUGCUAUUUAAACAUGACUAAUGCUGAAAUGUUUUGCUUGACUUCAUAUGUAUAAUGGGUAUCCUAUUUCUUGCCUUUUCAAUGAGUUAAGGAGGAGCUGAAGAGAAAUUUUGGGACUGAAAAUAAAAUGAAAGUGAAAAACUAUAUAUAAUGAAAAAAUAAUUGUACUUUUUGGUUCAAAGAACCCCAAACAACUUUAUCUCCUCUCCAAAAUUAUGUAGCUACUUGCCACAGUAAUCUACAAGAAAGAUACUUAAGUUUUGAAGAGGAGAUGGUUUUUAUUUCAAGAUUUAAAGUGGAAGGUAGAAGUGUACAAAAGUGGGAGAAAUAGGGAGAGAGUAUGGGAAAAUGAAAGGAACAGCAUGGAGCUUAUGUUCUGUUCUAGUUCUUUUGCCUCAUUUUCUUUCUUUUCUCAGUCCAGAACCCAUCAUGGGUUCUUCCUCUCACCGACGCAGACGUGAGCGACGUUUCCGAAGAUAUCUGUCUACAGGACGGCUGAGCAAGGCUCAAUCCCUGUUUAAGCGACACCCAAGGCUGGAUAUAGAUGCUGGAGAGCCACCACUACUCCACCGAGCCUGUGCCUGCCAUGAUGCUUCUGCCCUUCGACUGCUACUCCGUCUUGGAGCUGACCCCACUCACCAGGACUGCCAUGGAAAUACUGCUCUGCAUGCUGCUGCUCAACAGGGUCCUAGUGCCUACAAGGACUUUUUUCUGCCUCUGAUGACACAAUGUCCCACUGCCAUGAAGAUGAAGAACAAACAAGGAAAGACCCCUGGGGAACUUCUUGGCUGGGAAAGUCCCCCAGAGCCAUCUGUAGAGUCAGAGGAAGAGGCUUACAGGGAGAGAGAAUGGAGACAAAAGCUUCAGGAGGAGCUAGAAGAUGAGUGGCAGGAGAUGCUGGGGAGGUUUGAGGGUGAUGAGGAUGCCACCUUAGACACCCCAGAGCCUGAGUCCUUCUCUGCCUGGACUGAACGCCUGGCCCGAGAACAUGCCCAGAAACAGCAACAGCAACAGGCAACAAAGAGGGCCCGGCAUCCAGAAUGUAUGUCAGCCUCCCAAUGCAGCUGGCAGCAACAAGAGGUGGAACGUCGUCUAUUCCGAGAACGAGCCCAGGCCAAGGAAGAAGAACUGAGGGAGAGCCGAGCCAGAAGGACCCAGGAAGACCGAGGGCAUUGUGGGGGACACCGCAAUAGGACGAAGCCCAGGGGAGACUUCCCCAAGGGAGGAGACAGACUUUGGUGUUUUAAAGAUAUACCUUGGCCCUGCCCUGGGGGAAGGGACCCUGAGGCAAUGGCAGCAGCCCUGGUGGCCAGGGGCCCCCCACCUACGGAUCAGGGAGCCCUAAGAAAGUAUUUGAGGGCCCAGCAGGUCCAAUGGCACCCUGACCGAUUCCUGCAGAGAUUUGGGUGCCAAAUUGAAGCUAGGGAAAGGGAAAAGAUAUUGGAAAUUGUGACCGCUCUGUCCCAAGCCCUCAAUCGGCAUGCAGAAGGCCUAAAGUGACCUAGAGGAAAAAGACAAAGAAUGAGUACACAUGAUAGGAAUAAGUCAGACAAUAGGAUUCAGGUGAUAAUGACAAAAUAUAAAACCUGGAAUGAGGAAAAAGUUGGGUGUAGGAAUAGAGGCUCAGGGGUGGGAACUGUAGAAAAAGAUGAGGCCUAAAUAAGGACAGGUUGUGGGUUAAAGAUGAAGUGAGCUAACUGGAUCAGUCAUGGGCAGUUGCUACCACUGAAUCCCUUUUCUUCCUACUUAUUUCCUAAUAAAACAAGAGUUCCCCAUCUUA